UUUUUUUUUUUUUUUAACUGAUUAACAAAAACAAUCAAUCAAUCAAGAAUCAUGUCAAACUCUACUACUGCUACUACUACUAUUACUGGUGAAGAUACUUCUGCUUUCCGUCUUGUGGGUGGUGAUGAUCAAUACACACCUGCUUUACGCGUUGAAGAUUUUGAAGGAUUCAACUUCAAACCGAUCCGUGAAUCCGAAGUGAAUCGUGAAAUGGUAUCCCGUUAUAUGACCGAUAUGUUGGAUUAUGCUGAAACGGAUGUGAUCAUCGUCGGUUGUGGCAGUGCUGGACUCUCCUGUGCUUGGGAAUUGACUAAGGAUCCUAAUAUCAAGGUGGCCAUCAUCGAACAAAGUGUUUCACCUGGUGGUGGAUGUUGGCUUGGUGGUCAAUUAUUUUCUGCCAUGGUUGUACGCAAGCCUGCUCAUGAAUUUCUCAAGGAUGUUGGUGUUCCUUUUGAUGAAAAAGAAAACUACGUGGUGGUAAAACAUGCUGCUCUCUUCACUUCUACCAUCAUGUCCAAGUUACUUGCUCGUCCCAAUGUCAAGUUGUUUAAUGCUACUGCUGUCGAAGAUCUCAUCGUCAAGGAUAAAAAGGUUGCUGGUGUGGUCACUAACUGGGCUCUUGUCACUCUUAAUCAUGAUACUCAAUCUUGUAUGGAUCCCAAUGUCAUGGAAUGUAAGGUCGUUGUCUCAGGAACUGGUCAUGAUGGUCCUAUGGGUGCUUCAGGUGUCAAACGUCUUCAAUCUAUUGGUUUAGUUGAACCUUUGAAAGGAAUGCAUUGUCUUGAUAUGAACAGAGCUGAAAAUGAUAUUGUCAAGUAUACUCGUGAAGUGGUGCCCGGUAUGGUUGUCUGUGGAAUGGAAGUGUCUGAAUUGGAUGGUGCCCCUCGCAUGGGACCCACAUUUGGUGCUAUGUUGAUUUCUGGACAAAAAGCUGCUUAUGCCGCACGGGCCUCUCUUGAACGUCAAGCUAAAGCUAGUGCUGGGGCUCAAAAGGUCUCUGCCUAAGUUUUUUUUAUGGAUCAAUAUAACUUAUUUUUUGGAAUCAAGGAAAGAAAUGGAAAUAUUACUAUGGGCUGCUUCUGUUGGACGUCUUGCGAUUAUCAUCAACAACAAUGAAGAAAAAAAAUGGACUUUUCUUUUUUUUUUUUUUUUUU